GGUUUAGAAUUAGUGCGGGACUGGGCAGCGGCGGGCUGCGUGCGCUGGCUCGGGCUGCUGCCUGUGCCGCCGUGUGGGGAAGAGGGAAGCGGAAGGGAGGUUCUGCGGGGUUCGAGCUGGGGCCUCCGGAGCGCCUGAAGUCCGGGUAGCGGCGGCCAAGAGGGGAGCACCCGCAGCGGGCACGGCGGCGAUGCUUGCGGCCCCGUGCCUGCUCCGAACGCUGCGCUGCCUCUGCUCCUCCGCUCCCCGCCCAAGGUGCAAGGGUCGGGGCAGGCUGAGCGUGCGGGACGCCCUCAGGGCCCAGCCCCCGAGUGGGGAGCGCGUUAAAGUCCAGGGGUGGAUUCGUUCAAUCCGAGCCCAAAAGGAAGUCUUGUUUCUGCAUGUAAAUGAUGGGUCGUCUUUGGAAAGCCUUCAAGUUGUUGCAGAUGCAAGCUUUGGCAGUAGAGAUUUAGCUUUUGGGAGUUCUGUGGAAGUCCACGGACAGCUGGUAAAAAGUCCAGCUAAAAAGCAAAAUGUGGAACUGAAGGCAGAGCACAUUGAAGUUGUUGGAAAUUGUGAUGCCAAGGCUUUCCCUAUCAAGUAUAAAGAGAGGCAUCCCCUGGAGUACUUGAGACAGUAUCCUCACCUGAGGUGUAGGACGAAUGUCCUGGGGUCUAUAUUGAGGGUUCGCAGUGAAGCCACAGCUGCUAUCCAUUCUUUCUUUAAGGACAAUGGCUUUGUGCAUAUUCACACCCCAAUAAUCACAUCCAAUGACUGCGAAGGGGCUGGAGAACUUUUUCAAGUUGAACCAUCAAGCAAGAUGAAAGCAUCUGAGGGGAAUUUCUUCAAUGUUCCUGCUUUCCUGACUGUGUCUGGACAACUUCAUCUGGAAGUGAUGUCAGGAGCUUUCAAUCAAGUAUUUACCUUUGGUCCAACAUUCCGGGCUGAGAAUUCUCAGAGUCGGAGACACCUGGCAGAGUUUUAUAUGGUGGAAGCAGAGAUUUCUUUUAUUGAGAAUCUUCAAGAUCUCACACAGAUUAUGGAGGAUCUCUUCAAAACUUCAGCAAUGACAGUGCUCUCAAAUUGUCCUGAAGAUGUUGAACUCUGUCACAAAUUCUUAGCUCCUGGCCACAAGGACAGAUUAGAACAUAUGCUAAAAAGCAACUUCUUAAUCAUUUCUUAUACUGAAGCAGUAGACAUCUUAAAGAAAGCAUCCCAGAACUUCACCUUCACCCCAGAGUGGGGUGCCGAUCUGCAAACCGAACAUGAAAAGUACCUGGUGAGGCACUGUGGCAACAUACCUGUCUUCGUCAUCAAUUACCCCUUAGCACUCAAGCCUUUCUACAUGAGGGAUAAUGAAGAUGGCCCUCAGCGCACAGUUGCAGCAGUUGAUCUUCUAGUUCCUGGAGUUGGGGAACUCUUUGGAGGAAGCCUCAGAGAAGAACGGUACCAUUUCUUAGAGCAGCAGCUGGCCAGAUCAGGACUCACGGAAGCAUACCAGUGGUAUCUGGACCUGCGUCGAUUUGGAUCUGUGCCACAUGGAGGUUUUGGGAUGGGAUUUGAACGCUACCUGCAGUGCAUCUUGGGAGUUGACAAUAUCAAAGACGUUAUCCCCUUUCCACGGUUUACUCAUUCAUGCCUUCUGUAGCUUGAAGACGAGUUAAGGAAAAGCAGCCCAUGGCCAAGGCACUGCUCACAAAUACAAGGGAAUCUGUGUGGUCUGGGUUUUUGAGAUGUAGAUUUCAGCAUAUUGUUGUGCUGUAACAGAGAACAUGAAAAACAGAAGUAAUCGUGGUUUUCUUAGAAAGUCAAGCACAUUUCAUGAAAAGAUAAACUCCCUGAAGAAGAGAUAUUUCUGGCAGGUGUGGUCUAAUAUGUUAACCUGCAUCUCGAGUAAGUUAAGAAACUGAACCAGAUGUCUCAAAGAUUCUUUCCAACUCUAAGAAUGACAGUCUGUUUUACUUUGUCUUUAAUCAUUAGAUCACUUGCCUUUGUAACUUUAGAAAAACAACUAGUAAAUAAAACUAAAU